GUUAAGAAAGACCUUAUAUAAUUUUAGUGAACAAAGACCGUGAAAAUGUUUCAACUAAGAAUACUCAACAAUUAUUUAAGGCCAUUUGAUUGUUAGUUGUUUCAAUGUACCAUGUUAGACUAUUCUUACCACUUAAAUCUUAACAAUCUCAAUGGCUAGUAGUAGCAACCAAAGUGUCUCUUCAUCUAGGAAGAUGACAUGGAAAUAUCAUGUGUUUGUGAGCUUCAGAGGUGAAGACACACGCAACAAUUUCACUGAUCACCUUUUUGGUGCUUUUCAUAGAAAAGGCAUUUUUGCCUUCAAGGAUGAUAUAAAGCUCAAGAAAGGGGAAGAUAUAUCAUCUGACCUUCGAAAAGCCAUUGAAGGGUCUCAAAUUUUGAUUGUUAUUUUCUCAAGAAACUAUGCUUCUUCCACAUGGUGUUUGCGGGAACUAGAAAAAAUUGCUGAAUGCAAAGUAUUAGGACAACCUGUGCUACCUAUCUUCUAUGACGUGAGUCCAUCUGAGGUACGAAAGCAAAGCGGGAAUUUUGAAAAAGCCUUUAUGGAGCAUGAAGAUAGAUUCAAAGAAAACUUAGAGGAAGUGCAAAGAUGGAGGAGAGCUCUAACACAAGUAGCCAAUCUCUCUGGUUUUGAUUUAACGGAUAAGCCACAAUAUGCAGAGAUUGAAAAAAUUAUUAAAGAGGUAACAAGCUUAUUGGGUCACAAAUUUUCAACAUUACCUGACGAUAUAGUUGGGAUGCACUCACAAGUGGAAAAAUUAGAAAACCUGAUGAUGUUGGACUCCGAUGAUAAUGUUCGAGUUGUAGGGAUUUGUGGAAUGGGUGGAAUAGGGAAGACAACUCUUGGUAAUGCUUUGUAUGGUAGAAUCUCUAAUCAAUUUGAAGCUUGCUGCUAUAUUGAUGAUGUAAGUAAAACUUAUGGAGGUGAUGGCCCAGUUGGAGUGCAAAAGCAACUUCUUUGUCAAACUCUAAAAGAAGAAAAUCUUCAGAUAUCCAAUCAUUAUAUGGCAUCUAAUUUGAUUCGAACUAGGCUAUGUCAAGUAAAAUCCCUUGUAAUCCUUGAUAAUGUUGAUAAAGUUGAACAACUGGAUAAACUAGCCAUGAAACGAGAGCGGCUAGGCACUGGGAGCAGAAUCAUAGUAAUUUCUAGAGAUUGUCAUAUCUUGAGACAGCAUGGAGUAGAUGAAGUUUAUCAAGUUGAACUCUUGGAUCAUAGUAAUGCCCUUCAAUUGUUUUGUAGGAAAGCUUUCAAAAGUGAUGAUAUCAUGACCGGUUACACAGACUUGACAAAUGAUGUACUAAGAUAUGCCAGAGGCCUUCCAUUAGCAAUUAAAGUGUUGGGCUCAUUUUUGUAUGGUCGAGAGGUCUCUGAAUGGAGAUGUGCAUUGGAAAGAUUAAGAGAGAAUCCAAUGGCAGGUAUUAUGGAUGUACUCCGAAUUAGUUAUGAUGGGCUAGACAAUACAGAAAAGGGUAUAUUUCUUGAUAUUGCUUGUUUCUUUGAUGGACAUGAGGAGACAUAUGUGAAGAAAUUUUUAGAUAUUCGUGGAUUUCAUCCUGAAAUUGGUUUAAGAGUUCUCCAUGAUAAGUCAUUCAUUACUUUUCAGUAUGGGCAUAUUUUUAUGCAUGAUUUAUUCGAAGAACUUGGCAAGAGUAUCGUUAGAGAAAAAUCACCCAAAGAACCAAGAAAGUGGAAUAGAUUGUGGGACUACAAGGAUGUCCACAAAGUUAUGUCAGAAAACAUGGAAUCAGAAAACCUUGAAGCCAUAGUUCUGGAGCGUUAUUUUUCUGAAAUUGAUGAAAUACAAGCAAUGUCAACAUUGAGGGCAGAAAGUUUAGCAAAAAUGAAUCGCCUUAAAUUGCUCAUGCUGUGGAAUUUGAAUUUCUCAGGAAGUCUCAAUUGUCUUUCAAGUGAAUUGGGGUAUCUAUGUUGGGAUAAAUAUCCUUUCACUUGUUUGCCAUCGAGUUUUGAGCCAGAUAAACUUGUUGAACUGAUCCUACCUCGUAGCAACAUCAGGCAACUAUGGUUGAGCACAAAGCCUCUUCAUAAUUUGACACGUCUUGAUCUCUCUCACUCGAAAAAUCUUAUUAUGAUGCCAAGUUUUUUGGAGAUUCCAAAUCUUGAAAUCCUAGAUCUUGAAGGAUGCAUAAAACUUGUGCAGAUUGAUCCAUCCAUUGGUACCUUGAGAAGGCUUUCCAGAUUAAAUUUGAAAAAUUGUACAAAUCUUGUUAGUAUUCCUAACAAAAUUUUUGGUCUGAGUUCCCUUAAAUAUCUAAAUCUCUCAGGCUGCCCAAAUUUUUGGUUAGAGGGACAAAGAAAAAUAGAACAUUUGGGGAUGCUUGAAAACAAUGAAAUUACUACCCAAUACCAACCAACAUCCUUCAUCGACAAAGUUUUGAAGUCACCCUUCCGAUUUUUUAUUUUUCAAAAAAGUAGAGAUCCAAUUGGUUUAUUGUUACCUUUGGUGUCUCUUUUGUCAUGUUUACAACAUCUAGACCUAAGUUUCUGCAAUCUUCCUCAAAUCCCUAAUGCUAUUGGGUGGUUACACUGCUUAGAAACACUAAAUUUGAGGGGUAACAAUUUUGUUACAUUACCUUCCAUCAAGGAACUUUUCAAACUUAUAGAAUUGAACUUGGACCAUUGUAACCAGCUGAAAUAUUUAUCUGAGCUCCCAUCAAAAACUGUCUUGCCAGUAAGAAAAACAUAUUAUGUUACCGUUGUAUUAAAUAUUUUUGGUUGCCCCAGUUUAACUGACAUAGAAUGUUGUUAUAGAACAGUUUUUCCUUGGAUGAUACAACUCCUUCAGGCGUACAUGAAAUCCGAUCUCCCAAUUGAUGAGAUUGAUAUUGUCAUUCCUAGAAUGCAAAUUCCAAUGUGGUUCAAUAAACAAAAUGUGGGCAGUUCAAUAAGCAUGGGACCAUUACCCAAUAUGGAUGAAAAGAAUUUCAUAGGUGUUUCUUUUGCUUGCUGCAUAACACUUGUAGCACAUGAUGAUCCAACUAGUUUAGGUUAUGAAAUGUCAUCUAUUGGUAUUGGGUUCGGUAUUAAAGUUAAAGAAAGUUUGUGGAGGAAUUACAAUAUUUACAUACAUCAUGGAAAAGAUCCGGUUACAGCACUUAAUUUACCACACCUGUGUCUAAUUUUUAUCACUAGGAAACAACUUACUUAUCUUACAAGGCGAUUGCAUGAUAUUAUUGAAUUGGAAGUUUCUGUUGACUGUCCCGAUGGUUUGCAUUUUUUUGAGGUAAAAAAUUGUGGUUAUCGUUGGAUAUUUCAGGAGGAUAUAGAGCAAUUAACCUCACAAAUGUAUUUAACAAAUCAUUAGCCAUAUUAUAGAAUUGGUUGAUGAAAAUCCAGAAACUCAAUAGAAUCAUCAAUAAAUAUACUGCUUUUGUAUUUUAAAGAUGAUAAUAUGUUGAUUGUUUGCCAGUUCUCUUUUUAA